CAGGCUCCUUCCCUCUGUUCCUCCAUCAGAUGUGUCUCCACGGCAACGCCCUCCACGGACGGGGAGCUCAUUUACACCGGCAGCCUGGGUCGUGCUGUUAGAGGGGUGAAGAUGUUCUCGUACAGCAGCAGCGGGGCCAGCCUCUUCAUCAUGCCUCAGAUCCUCCUGAAGACUGGGUUCGGGGUCCAGAGCUUGGCCCUGCAGGCGGCGUUCUGCGGCUUCAUCGGGAUGUUCAUCUUCGUAACCCCCGUCGUCCUCCACUUUUUCACCCGGGGCUACGUGGUCCGCCUCUACCACCACCCGGACACGGACACCUACACCGCCGUCACUUACAGCGUCUUCCUGACGGAGAAGAGGAACGUGUUCCACCAGACGCAGGUGCGGAUCCCCGCCGUCAGCAAGAUGUUCACCACCUUCUACGCGGGAAACGCGGGUCUGCUGGUGAACCCCGACCUGUUCGCCAUGCCUCAGGACUACAACCACCUGAUGGGCUACGACAAACCCUUCAGCUUCCAGCCAGAGGACAUGGACAGCUGAGAGACACACUGCAGGCUCAGUGUGUGUGUGUGUGUGUGAGAGUGAAAUCUACAGGACUGUGUGUUUGUUGAAGGGAGACAUCAGGGCAGGACUGACACGGGCGCUGUUGUCUUCUUAAAGCUGGGCUCUGUUUUUAAAACAUGUUGGGGUCUAAAUGACUGAUGGGUAGAUGAGUUCAUCCUGCAGCAGUGAAUCAGGCUGUGAUGUCUGCUACAUAAUCUUUGAUGUCCAAAGUGUGUCCGCCAGAAGAUGUUGCUUUUCUUUACCAAAAAAUGCAAGCAACCUCCUGCACACUGUCUAAGUUGCACAAAUACAUUGGCGACAUUCGACCAAAACGUUGCCAAUGUAUUUUUUUGUUGUUGCAAUUCCGACAGUGUUAGCUCCUCUGAUCUCUUGCUUACACCUCUGUUACUACCUCUGAUGGUGGACUAGGGGUGAAACGGCUUCGUCCCCCCGUUCAUCCUCCAGGAGUAUCAGGGGGCGUAAAUAUGCAUCUUUAUGCCGGUAGUGUGUAACGUCCAACAAAGAGAGACGUCCUCUGUUAUGCGACGAUUGCAGUGAGACCUCCCAUAUUGAGUAUGAUAGGUUAUAUUCAUUGUUUCUGUGCUGGUCAUCCUUUUAAACAUUAUUCUGAACUCUUCAGUUUCGCUACAUCACUAAGAAGUAGCCGCUCUGCACCGGGUUACGCUCAGAAUCUUUCCUGCUUUUUCGUCCUCUGCCAGUCACAUCCCUGUGUAAAGUAGUCACCAUGUAAAGUCAUCUGCAGGAGGAACUCUGAAACGUCCCCUACCUUUAAGUCAUUUAGAUUAAAAAAUAAA